GAUGUAUCUGUUUAUUUCUUUGUUUUCAAAAAACUCCAUAUUAGAGAGAGUGAGUUCCCGUACAGAAGGCAAGAAUGGAGGUGUGGUAUUAGCCCAUCGAGAGAGAAUAUCAUAAGCGCAGACUAGGUUGCAAAAACCAUCCAGUAUUAAUGAACGAAUAAAAAUACUCAAACAACGUGUACGAAAACCAUUGUGAUCAUCUAGAAAAGCUCGAUAAAGAGAAUAUGAACAAUGAUCAUUAUGGAAAGCCAGUGUACGACGAUCGUUUUUAUUUUCAGCAAGCAAUUUAUCCAGACGAUUGCACACACCGAUUAGUGAGUAUCCAAUGUCAAAAAGUGUCAAAUAAGUUGAAAUUUUAAAUAACAGUUUAUGUGGCAGUUCAUUCAAUUUCAUGUUUCAUUGAUUUAUUGUAUAUACAUUUAUUCGAUACUUUUAUAUAUGCUGUAUCGUCCGUCCACUUCGAUCAGUUCAUAUCGCUAUUAUAUUGUAUUGUUUAAUCGUUUUUAUUUUUCUUAUACAAUAAUGGAGAGUGAUCAAUCUCGCAAUAUGAAUAUAUCCAAAAAAAAAAGAAACAAACGGACGGUCGAUCUAUACAUUAGACAAUGAUCACACAAUAAGUAGUGGAUAUAAUUAAAGUAUUUUUUUUCAUAUCGUCUUUCACAAAAAAUUCACAUAAAACAAGAUCAAAAUUAAAUAUAUUAUUUUAUAAAUAACAAUGACAAAUCGAAGUAUUUAAUAUUUUCUAUCAUUUAUCCAAUUCUUGUUUUCAUAAAAUUAUUGAUGACGAUGAAGUGAUAGAUAUGAUUUUGCUUUCAUCUAUUCUGUGUCAUUGUAGAAUGUGCAAGCAAAAAAACUCAUAUAUGAAACAAAAACUUGAUCAUGCAAUACAAAAUUGUUUCUUCAUAGUUGUGAAGAAUUUAUUUCAUUUUCGAUGUAAUUUUUGCGACGAAACAAUAUCGACAAGUAUUACAUCUAAUACAAAUAAUACUGUACAAGUAUCUUGUGCGCACCGCUAUGGUCUCUGUUAUGUCAAGCUCUCAUUGUGCUGCUAACUUUUGUCUGUUUUGUUAGCAACUGCAUCUAUACACCGACUUAUUGUCCGUUCGUCUUUGCUCUUUCUCUCACUCAUUUAUUGUGUUACUAUUGUUAACAAAUGAAUUGUUUCGAUCACCUUUCUUUGAUGUUAGAUCUCAUCGGUAUUCCUUUAGCUGGUGUUCCACUAGUAGUAUUAAAGCUGGUGUUCCACCGUGUGAUGUUAACAUCACACAGUGGAACACUUUUUAUGAGGGGGAACACCAGCUAAACGAAUAGCGAUCUCAUUCCAUCCUAUCUCUUCAACAAACUACUAAUAUGGUGCAAACAAGUCCGAUCUCGUAUGAUGUAUCUGUUUAUUUCUUUGUUUUCAUUAGGAAUUUCAUAUUAUUUAAUUAGGUAUGCCAUGCAUUUAUCCAUCAGUAUUAUACAGUAUUACAUGAGGCUUCUCAUAUGCUUCAUCGGUACUCUAGAUUGUUGUUUUUCUAUUCAAUAUAUUUAUUUUUUUUCUCUUUAAAUUUAAAUUUUAUUCUACGGAUAAUACAUUCAUUCAUGGUGGUGUUGAUCGACUAGGUUGUAUUGAACAACGUGUUAUCGGUCCGAAAAAUAUUUCUCAACGAAUUAAUGAUCUUAAUUUACAGGAUUGUCAUGCAAAAAUUCGUCAGAUCGAUUCACAUUCAACUAUUGGUGGUGGAGUUGUCGUUCAGGUUACCGAUGAAUUAUCGAAUAAUGGUGAUCCAAUACGUCGUUUCAUGCAAACAUUCGUAUUGAGUCCACGGCAACCAAAAAAGUACUAUGUGCAAAAUGAUACUUUCCAUUAUCAAGAUGAAGUUUUCGAUGAUGGUUCGGAUGAAGUAGAUGAGGACGAUCGUUCAAAUUAUUCAUGUUCUUAUUGGCGUGAUCGUGUAUCUCAGCAAGGUUUACUUUAUUUAUCUGUAAAUUAUCUAUGUUUUUAUUCAAAUAUACUAGGAAAAGAUAUAAUACUUGUUAUUAAAUUUGCAGGUAUUAUUUCAAUUGAACGUAUACAUAGUUAUGUAUCAGAAACAAUGCGUGUAUGUACUCGUUUAUAUGUACAUGAUUUUACAAUGUUUAGAAAAAUUGAAGAAACAUUUCAAAUAAUGAAACAAAUAGCAAAUUUUGCUGUGAAAAAGUAA